AUGGACGAAUCACAGGUUCCCAUGACGGAGUAUGAGCAGAUCAAGUUUAAGAUGAAUCAAACGACUGAUGAGUCGUUGGAGGCUUCUCGGCGGAUGAUGGCUUUAUGUGAAGAGGCUAAAGAGGCAGGGAUUUCAACAUUGGUUAUGCUAGAUGACCAGGGCGAACAACUGGAUCGCAUCAAUGAGGGCAUGGAUCAAAUCAAUCAAGAUAUGAAGGAUGCUGAGAAGAAUUUGGAUGACCUAAACAAAUGUUGUGGACUUUGUGUAUUGCCCUGGAAUAAGGUGAAGAAAAAGGAUGACUACACCAAACAACUAAAGGAUGAGGACAUGCGUGGCGGAGACGGACCUCGUAUAAUUGUGGACCAAAAUGGAAUGGGUCCAACUGGCGGUUACAUUACUCGCAUAACAAAUGACGCUCGAGAGGAUGAAAUGGAUCAAAAUUUACAAGAAGUUUCCGGUAUGAUAGGGAAUCUGCGUAAUAUGGCUAUCGAUAUGGGUAGUGAAAUAAACCAGCAAAAUGUGCAAAUUGAACGAAUACAAAUCAAGGCAAAGUCGAAUGCUGAACGAAUCAAAAAGGCCAAUGAACAAGCUAGUAAACUGUUAAAGUAA